AUGUCGUUAACCAAAGGGAAACUCACGAUGUAUGAAAAGUUGGAUAUCUUACCAGCAUUAGCCAGUGUCGCAAUUGCUGCGUGUUAUGCAUUGUUGACGGGCUGGUCGCGCACUGAGCGCCAGGCCAAAUCCCUCUUAUUGCAUGUUGGCUAUGCGAUCUUGCGCAAGCUCACUUCGCGCCUAUCGCCUUUGCAGUUGCAGCUGGUCCUUCCAGGAUCCAGCAAAGUUUACAAUCAAUUCGCCAAAAAAGUUGGUUAUCAGCCUUUAUCAGUGGAUUUGAGCCACGGUGCCACAGGCCACUGGAUUGGAGACCCUCAAGCGACUAAUGUACUGAUCUGGUAUCAUGGAGGUGGAUUCAGCUUGCCUCCCACUCAUGGCUAUGUCGAAUUCUAUGCGCAGAUUGUCCGCCAUCUUGAGAAAACCGGCAAGAGCGUGGCCGUAUUUCAACUACACUAUACGCUUGCUCCUGGAGCCACGUACCCAACUCAACUCCGACAAGCAGUGUCUGCCGCGCAAUAUAUCCUAGCUCAGCCAAACCGUGCUCCGGAGACUGUGUUCCUCGGCGGGGACUCCGCUGGGGGAAAUUUAGCCUGCGGCGUGCUGUCGCAUCUUGCCCACCCUCACCCACAAAUCGAACCCUUGGUACUCAAUGGACAGCUUGGGGGCGCUGUGAUGAUCGCGCCAUGGACGUUACUUGACGCGGAAUUUCCUGAUCAGGAGAUUUAUGACGGCGGUGACUUGAUCUCCCAGGCCGUUGCGGCACCAUGGGCCGCAGCGUAUCUUGGACAAGCGCUGCGGGACAAUUACACUGAUCUCUCCAAUGCCCCCGCCGAGUGGUUCACUACCAUUCCCGUGAAGAAGGUACUAAUUACAUGCGGUGGAAAUGAGAUCAUGUUACCGCUUAUUCAGGACUUUGCAGAGAAGUUCAAGGGCGGUUUUGGGGAUCAAGUGGAAUUAUUCGUGGGCCACCGCGAGUGCCAUGUCGCACCUAUGUAUAAUAUUACGUUACACGAUCGCUCGGAGACUGAACAGGGCAAAAAGGUCAAGUCAUGGCUAGCCGAGCAGGCGCUGUAG